AUGAUCCGGCUGCUCGCCGUCGCGGCGAGCGUCGCUGCAAGCAGCCCAAUCGCGGCGACCCUGGGCCCGCCGACCAUCUGGAACGGCACGCCGGACGAUGUGGCCAAGUUCUGCCGCGGCGGACCGGUCCCAGCCGCAGGCGGGCGGUGGGUCAUGAGCCCACUCGUCAUGGAGGGGAGCACCGCGCGCUGCAACAUAACGACGACGGUGGGCCCCGGCGCGUCCCUCGCCGCGCGCCUCGUCGGCCCGUCGUUGGCCCCCUGCGCCGUCGACGCCGCGAGCGACGGCUACGCCUUGCGCUGCGACGUCCGCGACGCCGGCGCGUACGCGUUAGAGGUGCUGCUCAUGUUCGAGAACGAGACGCUGGCCUUCGCGCCCGGCGCGGCGCCGGGGCGGCAGCCGCGGCCGCUCUGCCGGCCGCUGACGGCGACGCGGGGGCUCCCGUCCGUCGACGCCGCCGCGCGCGCCGUCGACGCCUCGCGGCCGUGCUCGUCCUUCGCGUCUCGAAGGCACCGCGCCGACGUCGGGCGCUGGACCUUCCGGGACGGCGCGCUCGCCUGGGCCCCGUCGCGGUGCGCGCCCCGAGUCUACGACCGCGACGAGGCGACGCGAUGCCUCGCGGGACGGACGGUGCUCUUCGUCGGCGAUUCGCACACGCGCCUCGUCGCCGACGCGCUGGCGCCGCAGCCCCAGCCCGCCGGCCCCGACCGGCGCCCCGACGCGACGACGAAGGCGGGCAACUGGACGAUCCGGAGCCGCGGCGACGUCCGCUUCCUCGCCGCGAACAAGGUGCCCCGGGACGACGGGUCCCUCGUCGCCGCGAUCCUCGCCGCGGCGCCCGACGUCGUCGUCGUGAACAUGGGCCACUGGGACCUGCGCGACGUGAACGUCGAGGCCUACGUGGACGCGUGGAAGGCGUUCGUCGACGCGCUCGCCGCGGCGGCGCCCGAGACGACGCGAUUGGUCUGGCGGACGAAUCCGGCCUACUCCUUCCGCCGCCACGACGACCGCGAAGUCGAGUACCGCACGAACGCGAAGCUGGCGAAGGCCCACGCGCUCCAGCUCGCGCACCUGCGACGGUCGCGCUACGACGUCCACGACACCUUCGGCAUCACGCUCCCCCGCUUCUUCGACGCGAACAGCGCGCACCACUACAUCGGCUUCUCCAGCUUCGCCCACGGCGCCGCGAGCGUGGACGAGGCCGGGACGUGCCCCGGCGGCGCCUGCUGCGGCGGCGGCGUCGGCGGCGCGUGCCCCUGGGUCGUCCACCCGCGGACCGGGCCGUCGCGGAAGCUCGGCGCGCCGUACUACGUCGGCAACGCCGUCGGCCUCGCGGACCUGAACGCGCUCCUCAACUCGCUGUGUAACGUGUCAUAA